AAGAGGAGAUAGAGAGAUAGAUAGAGAGGGAGAUGGGGUUUGUUUGUUGUUUUGUAUUUGGCUCAUCAUCACUCUUGAAGUAAAUUUUGUAAGGAUGGAUGGAGGAACCAAGUCCACAGAGACCUGAAUUCAUUACUUGAUUCAUAUCUACAGAUUUUUUCUCUCUCUCUCUCUUUUUUUUCUUUUUUGUUUGUUUGUUGUUGUUGUUGAGUAAAUCUGGACCCAGAGAGUGGCAUGUUGAUCUGGAUGGGAAGUGAGACAGUGGGGCGAGAGUAAGAGGAGGAUGGCGUACACGCAGUUGGAACCCAUCAAUGAGGGUCUUCUGUCCAGACUGUCUGACUUCCUGUUGUGUCGCUGGUCGUGCCGCUCGUGUUGGCAGUGGUGCUGGGAGUGCAGCUGCUGUCAGCCCUCUGAUGAGGAGGUGGAGAUUCUGGGGCCUUUUCCAGCUCAGACUCCAUCAUGGCUCGUCAAUGAAUGCAAUGACGAGAGAAGCACAAAUUCUCACAUCAUGGCCAAGAACCAUGCUUUACCUGUUCAAACUGACACCACUGUAAACUGCAAGCCGCCCAUCUCAGAAACUUCCCGAUCCAGCUUCACCUUAGCAGGCCAGCUCACCAGUCUGAAUUCACAACGGCCAAUCUCCCCCAUGGUGGAUGUAAAGCCGAUUGAAUUUUGGGCCAUGUUCCCCCGGAAGGAAGUGGUGCAGCCUCUGCUUAAGCCCUCGACUCCACCUGAUGACUACUUCCGCAAACUGGAGCCUCAUCUGUAUUCUCUCGACUCAUGCAGCGAUGACGUUGACUCUUUGACGGAUGAAGAGAUCCUGGUGCGGUACCAGCUGGGCAUGCUGCACUUCAGCACACAGUAUGAUCUCAUCAACGCCCAUCUCAUCGUGCGAGUCAUUGAGGCCCGGGAUCUGCCCCCUCCCGUGACAUGCGAUGGUGCUCGUCAAGACAUGGCCCACUCGAACCCCUACGUGAAGAUGAGCCUACUUCCCGACCACAAGAACUCCAGGCAGACGGGCGUCAAACGCAAGACCCAGAACCCAGUUUUUGAAGAGCGCUUCACUUUUGAGGUCCCCUUCCUGGAGGCCCAGAGACGCACCCUGCUCCUCUCUCUGGUCGACUUCGACAAGUUUUCCCGGCACUGUGUCAUCGGGAAAGUGUCUCUUCCUCUUAGUGAGGUUGAUCUGGUGAAGGGAGGACAUUGGUGGAAGGCCCUGGUGCCCAGCUCUCAGAAUGAGGUUGAGCUUGGUGAGCUUCUUCUGUCCUUAAACUACUUGCCCAGUGCUGGCAGGUUAAAUGUGGACAUCAUCCGAGCAAAGCAGCUGCUUCAGACGGACAUGUGCCAAGGUUCAGAUCCUUUCGUUAAGGUGCAGUUGGUGACAGGUCUGAAGUUGAUGAAGACUAAGAAAACAUCCUGUAUGAGGGGCACCAUUGACCCCUGCUACAACGAGUCAUUUAGCUUCCGUGUACCUCAAGAGGAACUGUGUGAAGUCAGUCUUGUGUUCACAGUUUACGGGCAUAACAUGAAGAGUAGCAACGAUUUUGUUGGUCGCAUUGUGAUUGGCCAGUUCUCCAGCGGCCCGCAGGAAUCCAGGCACUGGCGCAGGCUCCUGGGCUCCCAGCGCACUCCAGUGGAACAGUGGCACAGCCUGCACACCCGUGCCGAGUGUGACCGCGUCUCUCCGGCUUCUCUCGAGGUCACAUAAUACUAACACAGGACAGUCACUGCAGGUGGGAUAGAGAUCUAUGGAAAAGACCUUAAAAUUCAAACACAAAAACCUGGUAGUGUCCCGACAUUUCUGUGUGUAAUUUGUUAUGGUUUGAAACAUAAACUCAUAGAUCUAUUCUCGACUGAAUAGUGGGCUCUGUCUUGGUGUUAUUUGUGUUUACUCUCCCUUAUCAUUAUUAUAGUGGGGAGAUGUAGACCAUAGAAAAAACAUUUAUGAUGACUAACAGAAACCUGCUGUCCAUGUUUUCUUUUUAUCACAUUGAUACUAUCUUACAUGGGAGCUCAAUAAUCUCAUGAUCUGAUUCUCAGCUGCGUUCAGGCUGCUCAGGUGUUGAGAGGAAGAGCAGCUGUGUGGCUCAGACAGUUGAGACCGCACAUAACCACUUGUUUGGUCUGCAGUGUUUAAAUAAUCAUAUUGCUUCUUUUUUCAGACUUCAAUAUGAUUGCAGUCCUUUGGAAGUCUGUGGCAACACAGUUGGUCAUUUUUAUUGCACAGUUUGAAUGCUUAAAGUACGAUUUUACACCAAAGCUUGGUUUGGUUGUGUUGUGUGACCUGUAUCACUGUUCUCCAUGCACACACUGAUCUGUGAUUGUGUUUAAGUGUUUGUUAGUGUGUGUUUGGUAAAUGUCUGCACUUACAACAGCUGAAGUCAGAAACCCUAAGAGCCAUGGCUCUUAAAGGGAUACUCCACCCCAAAAUGAAAAUUUACCAUUUAAGAUAUUUUGGAUGAAAACCGGAAGGCUUGUGACUGUCCCAUAGACUGCAAAGUGAAUUACACUGUCAAGGUCCAGAAAAGCAUCCUCAGAAUUGUCCAUCUGCCAUCAGUGGUUCAACCGUAAUGUUAUGAAGUGACGAGAAUAAAUUUUGUACGUGAAUAAAACAAAAAUAAUGACUUUAUUCAACAAUUCGUCUCCUGUACAGUAUGUCUGUACGCAUCACCGUGGCACCAUUUUGGAGAAUAUGAGCUGAACACAGGCAGUGUACGCUCUUCUGUAUCAACCGCGCCACAAGGAUGUGCUGUUUUCUGUAAAAUCACAGUUUAAAUACAUGUAGAAAACGUAUCCUUGUAACGUGGCUGAAAGAAGAUAAUACGGUGAUGAUGCUUUUCAUACUUUUCUGGACUUUGACAGUGUAACUUACUUGGCAGUCUAUGGGACAGUCACAAGCCUCCCGGUUUCCAUCCAAAAUAUCGUAAAUUGUGUUCUGAAGAGGAACAAAGCUUUUAUGGGUUAAGAAAGACAUGAGGGUAAGUGAUUAAUGACAUAAUUGUAAUUUUGGGGUGGAGUAUCCCUUUAACCAUGGCACAUUAUAUUUUUGUGUUGUUUUGACAUAACAUUGACUUGUUCUGAAUAUACCAAAAAAAAAAUUCUUGUGAUCUGGACUUUCACUUUUCUAUAUGUUUCUCACUAUUUCUCAUGUCAUCUUUCACAUGAGUCAGGAAGGGUUUUUUUUUUUUUUGUAAGAAAUGUUUAGCAAGGAUGCAUUCGGUUAAUCAAAAUACAUGUAUUCAUAUUUAAUUUAUUUCUGUUUUUGAUUUCCAUUCUUCAAAGUAUUCCUGGCGGGAAUGAAAAUGCAUCACAGUUUACACAAAAAUAAAAUAAGAAGCCUAUUAGAACAAUUUCUAAAGGAUCAUGUGGCACUAAAAUCUGGAGUAAUGGCAGCUGAGGAUUUCUCUUUGCAAUAACAGGAAUAAAUUACAUUUUAAAUUAUAUUCAAAUAGAGGCUUUAAUUGUACUAACAUUUCACAAUAUAACUGUUUACAAAUUUGCAAAUAAAUGCAGAUAUGUGGUUAUUUGGGAUCACAAGAAAAUUAAGUCAAAAGACUCCAGAAAAAAUAAUAAUAAUGUAUGGCCUCUUAAGGAUUCUAGGUCUAUCACCUUUUAAAUGCAUUAAUGUCAGUGUCUUCACAACAGUGAACAUUCUUUCACAGCUUGGGCAAUAUAACGCCAUGCCAAGAAGCAAGAAGUUGCAAAUACAUGCAUUUCUCGUUGCUCUGUUACCUUGCAUGCUUUUGCCAAGUUCAGUUCAUGUACUGUAUUAUCAAUAACGUGGAGCUGUAUUUUGUCUUAACUCUUUCUCAUUCAGUCUAUGAAGUAUGUAAGGAUAAAGAGGACACUUAGCAUAGAAUCAGUGUGCAAUCAGAAACAUUACUGUAUCUGUUUUCUUAAUCUAUCUUCUGUGUGACCUGCGUGAGAUUCGUGUUUGUUUCAGGUCAAUUGUGUGUUUCCCACCAACGUCAAUGUUAAUGUAGAUGAUUACAAAUGAUUAGAGUGGUAAUAUUAACACAUAAUAAUAAUGACACUGUGCCAGUGAAGAUAUGUAUGUAUUUAUUUAUUUAGAUAAAAAAUGCAUAUAAUAAUAGCUAUAUAAUUAUCUCUUAAAUAUAUGUAUAUAUUAUAACUUAAAUAGUGUAGAGAGACUUGAACAAAGCAUGUUGAAAUAUAGAUAAAAAAAGAAAUUGAUAGAAUAAGAAUAUAGAUAAAUCAUUAAAUAAUUAUUUUUUUAAAAAGCUGUUGAAAUGACCUCAUUGACACAAAGUAUUUAGUUUCAAUGGUGACUGUUUUGAGCAGAAAUGUUUAGUCCACCAUCUCCCUGUCUGCUUUGAAACUUGAAUAUAUCUUUCCCGCUGAUGCUGUCCAUAUAAUGGUUUAUUAAGUGUGUGGAGAAAUGAAGCAGACCUAUGAUCAGCAGAAUCCCUUUAAAGGUCUCUUUCACGGAUGUGUGAAUCAAUCAGAGAAUUGUAUUAAGUGAGGAAGGUGUAGUUUGGUUGUUUCAUAAUGCAUUAAAGUGAUGUUUAUUACUUGG